CUAUACUAGUGCCUUUUGGUUCCUUUCUGUGUCCUUCGCGAUGUCGGCCGAGAAGAGGCACAACGAGAGUCUGUCACCUUCCAAGGUGAAGCGACAGGAGACGAUGUCUCCAUCCGGGGCGUCGUCUGCGGCAAGCGCCAUUGCCGGCAGCCCCAGGCUCCUCCGACGGCUUGUGGCGUUCCAGCCGACACUGGCUUUUGCUCCGCAGGACAGCUUGGAUUACGCAAUCAGGGACAGCCAUUGCGUGUUGAUCGGGCCUGCCGUACCAGGUGCCGACGAUGGCGACAUCUCCAUGUCGGCGGUUGCGCUAGAGGUCAGCGGUUCCUGCAUUGAACGCUUCCGUGACGCGCUCGGCAACAUCGUCACCGUCGACCCGGUGGUGGGUGCGGCCAUCCAGUCGACAAGGCCUCUUGCACGUCUGUCGCAGCUGUCCUACGUGCAGCUGCAUACGGAUGGACUGGCGAAUGUGGUGGUGGAACCCACUGAUCGGUUCAUCGAGCUCGGCCCUCAUGACGUGCGGAUACUGCCCAAUCCACCUGUUAACGACAACCCCAACGUCGCCAACCUCGCCCCGACGCUCAUGGUCCCGUACGGCACGUUCACUGAGUACGUCGGCAACGGGGAGACGUACAAGAAGGUGGACGCCAUGAUCGCCGUCCAAGA